AGUCCCAGCACUUUGCCGAGAAAAAAAAGAAAAGACCCAAACCGCCCAUGACCCCGCGUCUCCGCCACAUCGUGACACCGGACACCGGUGCUAUGCACCACGAGAGCACGAGAAGAGACGCGCGGGUACAACUACAUUCCACACGCGACUACUAGCUAAUAGCAAAGCAGCAGUAAGUAACACGUUACACCGGCAUCCCCCCAGGCCCCAACCCGUCAAAGCAUAAGCCCACACAGCGGGAGAAACACUCGGCGGCGACCGGCCGUCGCGGCCUCGCCGGGAAGAGCAGGUUAAUUAGCGGCCGCUCGAUCGACGAUAUGGGGGGCAGCCUGGUGUCCAUGCUGCGGUGGCCGCCGGACCUCGGCGUGCCGAGCCUGGCGGCGCUGCUGCCGUCGUCGGCGGCCGGCCACUACGCGGGCGCGCCGGCCCUCCGCGGGUGGCACUGGCAGCACUGGUGGCCGGAGCGGCUCGGCUCGGCGGUGCGGCGGUGGCCGGAGCUCGUGCAGGACUUUUCCCCCGUCGUGGACGCCGUGCUCUGGGGCCUCGUCACCGCCAUCGAGUCCGUCGCGCUCUUCUCCAUGGUGUGCUGCUUCUUCCUCUUCUGCGGCUGCACGCUAUGAUCGGUGCCACUCCCCCACCAUAUAGGGCGCGCGUACGUACAGCAGUGAGGCAGAAGAACAGCAAGCACCAUUGAUAGUUUUGGGUGAUGAAAUGUUUGGGGAGAGGGAUUGAGUGAGAUUCGGUUGGACUAGUUGGUGCGGGUGCGCGGUCGGAACGGGGGUGAGUCCAACCCUCGAAAUAUCUUAUGAUUUUCUUAAUCGUGGCGAGUCCAUGAAACUACUAUUUCCUACCUGAUUAUACUCGUCAUAAAAAUAUAACAAAAUAACUUCGACCACUAUAUUUUUUAUUAUAAUAUAUAAAAAUAUUAAUAACUGUAUUAAAAUAUCAAUAACUGUAUUAUGAUUUUAUGGAAGUAAUUUUUAAUCAUCAUAUUUUAUAAAUAUUUUAGAUGUUAUUUAUAGUCAAAGUUUUUAAAGUUUAACAAUAGUCUGAUAUGACAAAUAUUAUUAACUGAGGAAUAUAUAAAAUUCUUUUUUUACUCCCUUGUCUCAUAUAAGUGCACUUACUCACUCCGUCACUUAAGAAAACUAACCUACCGGAAGUAACACAUAUUUUUAGAUUAAUAGUAUCAUAACAUGUCACAUCCAAUUAUAUAUUUGUUAUUUAAGAUUGAAGGAAUAUUAUAGGAUAUGAUUGAAUUGUUCAGAUUUAUAGUACACACGUAGUACUAGGGUAUUGGAAGUUUGGAACUGAAGGUGUAGUUAAUACCAGUAGGCAGUAGCUGUUGUAGACAGUGCACUGAUGAGUCGCUGAUUGCAUGUCACGUUUCGGUGUUGUCGUUCUGUCCUAGGACCUCGUGAAGCGCCACUGUUGCAGUCAGGACCAUUUACAGGUUAAAACCAUGAUCCGAUGACUGACCAAAAUCCGGCUUCAUUCCUACUAACACGGCCCUUUUGUUCAGAGAGCUGUGAUGCUUUCGGACGUCGCAUAACACGGCCUGGCUUCAACAGGCAAUUUGGCGGCAUCAACGUGUGUAUAACUGUAUAUGCUCAUAAAAGAUUAUCUACGCUUUGAAAUUUAUUUCGACUGUUACCGUAGAGUGUUCGAAUGAAAUGGUGUCUUUCUGAAGCUAAUGAGCGAACCGCCACAAUUUAAGAUGACAAAUUUUACUAUAGGAAAUCGUCGGUUUUAGCUAAACUCGUCGGACGAAGCGUCGCCUUCCUCUGCUGCCCACGCGCUGCUUCCCAUCGACGGCGAUGACCCCCAUGGCACCAACGGACGGGAUAGAGAGAGAAAAGAGAUGAAAGAACUGACAUGUGGAUCCAGGGGGUAAUUUUAAGAGUAAUUUUAAUAUUUCAAGUGAUUUUUCGCUCC